GAUCUAAACAGCACUACAUUCUGUGUUGUGUACUCGUACUCUUGUAGAGUGGUUGUCUUCGUUGUGGUUUUUGUUGAAAUUAACGUGAUUGGUUGGGGGUCUUCUCUUGAGAGAUAGUGUGAAAACUACAAAAACACUUGGAUUUCGUAAAUGAAACUGCUCUUAUUAACAUCGGAUGUGGAAGAACCAAAGAAAGUCUUCCUUCGCCGUUUGUCUGCCGAUUUCCGACUCCUUUGAGACGCGUUUGUCUUUGGAAAUCAGAAAAGAAAUAAAUAAAAUAAACUGACGAGACUCCGUCUGGAGGUGGGCCUUUGCUAGACGAAUUUUGAAAUGGGCAGAUCACGAUCUAGGAGUAAAUCGCCCAGGAGGCGUCACAAGAAAAAGCACACUCACAAACGGUCCAAGUCUAGAGAUAGAAUCCACAAACACCGUGACAAAUCUAGAGAUAGGUCUUCGAAAUCUAGAAAACGUACGAGGUCCCCGUCCUCCAGUUCCAGCUCGGACCUCUCGGAUGGAAAAAACGUCAAUUCGCUUAAGAAGAAAAUAUUCAAUGACAGGAAAAUGGACGAAGUCGAAAGGCUGGCGGAAAUGGAAAGGCAGAGUAUGUUUCACAGGCGCCAACGGGAGCUAGAGCAGAAGAUUGUAGAAGAGGAAACAGCCAAAAGGAUAGAACUACUUGUCAAUAAAAGAGUCGAAGAGGAGCUUGAGAAGCGGAAAGAAGAGAUCGAGGCUGAAGUACUCAGGCGAGUUGAAGAAGCAAAAAAAGAAAUGCAACGGGAAAUGAUGUUAGAGAUGGAAAAAAGAAAGCAGCAGCUGCUUGAAGAGGAAAAGAGACGUGAGGAAGAAGAGAAUAAGAAACGUGAGGCUUUGGAACAGAUAAUGGCUGAAAAUAAUCGAAAAAUAGAAGAGGCACAAAAAAGACUGGCUGAAGAGAGAUUAGCAAUGGUUGAGGAACAAAGGAAAAUGGAGGAAGAGAGACAAAAGAUGAGAAAAGAAGCCGAGAAACGGAUAAAAGAGGAACAAAAAAAGAUACUAGGGAAGAACAAUUCUCGGCCUAAGCUCUCAUUUUCUCUCAAACCAAUUUCGUGAUAUUCCAAAUUUAUCCUUUGGCCUGUGAAUGUACUUACAUUCUAAUUAUUAUUUUAAACAUAUUUUAGCAUUAGUCAAAGUGUAUUUAGUGUCUGCUGAGGCAAGGAUUGAAAAAUGUCUCCAUUCAAUUAAAAGUGAUAAUUUAAUUUAAUCACUUAUGUAAAUAAAUUUUGUAUUCAAAUUUGAGAAUGUGAAACGAAACCAGACGAAUGUUUAGAUCUUGUAAUUUAUUUUAUAACAGUAAUUUACAUUUAAAGGUAUAAAUAAUAAACUUAAAUUGGAAAGAAGUUUAUAAGUAUAACUUUUUUCCGGUUUUUAUUCAUUUUUCAGGUAAAUCUUAUGUCGCCUAUUGCAAAUAAUGUAACAAAUUAUCAUUUUCAGUUUUCAAUAAAAUUUCCAGGGUUAUUUUUUUCA